CGAGCAGAAUUUAGUUUUCGACGAAUGCUCAAAGCGACACAACGCGUCUUAAAGUCAUCAUUGGAUACCACCACAAUUAACUGCCACCACUAUAGACGCUGCCACCACCACCGCCGUUUUUCAUAGCAAACAUUGUCAUCAUCACCAUCAUAGAGCCGUCUUAGCAGUCACCCAGUCGUUGUUGGUUGGUCUAGGUCGAGUAUGGUUAACCAAUUGUCGUCGGUGGUUAAUAGUGCCUCCGCUGCUAUUUUAUUCGUAUUUGAAUUCAAAUUUGUAGUUAAUAACGAGUCGUCGUCAUCAUCACUAUCACCACCCAGAACCACAGUCGUUCCAUAAAUACCUAAAUCUAAAUGUUCAUGUGGAUAUACAUACAUACAGAGCUGUGUUAGAUUUUUGCAAAUCCGUUGCGAAUGAUUUUUUGAAAAAUUAACAAAAAAAAAAAGAAAUAAAUUAAUUGUGAAACGAGUGCCACCACCAUUGUUUAGUUUUGUUCUGAAUUCUUCAACGAGUGGAACGAGUCAAGCGGAAGCCAACCAAGAUGAGAACACAAGUUCUAACCUUUUGUGUAGCUGUUCUGUUCAUCCUGUGGAUUUUAUAAAAGUUCACUCAUACUAAAAAACCAAAAUAAAAAAUUUCGAAAACAACAACCAAAUGUAAAAAUAAUAAAACUACCAAUAUGCUUAAAAGAAAAGUGCAAUUAUUUUCAUCCAAGUCGCAGAAAGAUUUAACCAAAACCUUUAAACUGCUUACUUCGCUAACAUUCCCCAAGGUCACCUAAGCCCACAACACUCCUUCACUUUUCUCAAUCUCAAUCUCACUCUCUCUAUCUAUCUUUCCACCUAAACUAAAUCAAAAUUCUAACCAAAAAACAAAAAAUUAAAAUUAAACAAAUAAUCAUGAAAGCCGUGAGAAAAAGAAAACUUCAUCGUUCUGGAUUUCAAAUGCUCAGCAAGGAAGCCCAGCAGAGUCUUCAGCAAUACGAAUACUUCGUAAUAUGUCUGAUGAUAAUGGUGGCGGGUAUCUCAAUUGUUUGGAGCAUAUCGAUCCACAAAUUAUCGGGUGAUUUUUACAAUGGUUUCAUUGGUGCCAAAUUAGCAUUUCGUGAAAGGGAUUUUACACAAAUGGACAAUAGGGAAAAGGAUUUGCUCUAUCACGAUUUGGGAAGAAUCAUCAAUGAGUCAUACACCGAAGCUGCCUUAGACGAUAUUAAACCGGAUGCCUUGAUAAUGCCCCUAAGCAAUGAUGCAGAUAAAUUUGCCACCAAGAAACCAAAAAUUCGCAAAAUUGCCCAUGUAUUUCAAACGCGAAACUCAAAUGUACCUGACGCACCCUCAAUCACAACCGACGAUGAGAGCGCGGUGGAUGGUGAUGAAAAAUCGACUGCACCUACCAAAGUGCCAAAAGUUAAAUUUAAUAUAGAAAAGGACCGCAAAUAUCUAUCGCACAUGACGAUUGAUAUUCAUCAGACCCGUUGGAAUCAAAAUCUCGCCGUACAAUAUAUAUAUGGGUUUCCAUUUCUAUCGGAAAUUGUAGCUAUUGUAUGGACUGCCAUGUGUUUCAUAUUCCAGUCGGGUGUCAAAAAACAAUGGGGACUUCCGAAACCGUGGCGGAUUGUUGUUCCCUCCAUCAUAAUGUUCAGCAUUAUGACUGUGGCAAAUCUAAGCUAUUUAAUUUUGGCCAAUGGCUUUAUAAAGACUUUUUGCAGAGAGCUGAGAGAGAAUCUAAGUAAACCCGAUGCCAUCAGCUGUGGUGAUGCUAUGUCUGUACUGAGACCAAUCAUUCGACCACAUGAUUUCGCCCACCAAGUGUACUUAAUGCUAUUUAAGGCUUCAUAUAUUUCGGCCAUGGUCCUGUGGAUUAUAGCCCUGUUGAUUAUGAUAUUGCGUUUUGUAUUGGCCAUUGAUUUUCAAAUGGUCGAUAUAGAAACGAGUUUCGAUCGCGAAUUGCGGGAGAGUAAAUACAAAGAUCGUGAUUUUGUGGAAGUUUUGCUCAGUUCGCCACAACAUCAGAAACCACAACAGAUUAACAUUAAGGAUGAGCGCAAUCGAUCCGAAGAUGAUUUCCAAAGUGCAAAAUCGCACAUUAGCGAAGUAGCCACUCCACUGCUGGAUAGUGUGACAACAAAUAUGUCCCUGACUGGAGGUGAGAGAAGAACCUAAGGAGUGUUUGCGGGGGGAAAUGGUGCGCUACCCGAUCUACCCACCACCAAUCUCAACUCGCUUCGUCUUGUACUCAAAUGUUUAACACUGCGAUAUACACAUUUCUCAUAGAAAUCUCAGGUAUACCGAAUCCUACUUAGCAAGGAUGUUUCAAUUCCAUAAACCCGAUUUUGUGUCCUUUCCACAAAACAUUUCUAACAAUUCCAAUAAUUCGGAAAAGGUAUUUGAAAAAAAAAACAUUUUGGCUCUACCAAGUGCAUAGAUUCCAAUUAUGAACAUUCUUUCCGAAAAGUGCCUCGAAAGUUUUAAGAAAAAAGGAAUUUUUUUAAACAUUUCUAAAAAAGAAUACUUUUAGUUUUUAACAAAAUAUUACUCGUACUUUAUUGUUUGUGAUUUUGGUUUUUUUUUCCAUUGCGUUAGAAUUAAUUCAAAUUUUUUACAUGAAUUUAUACGAUCGUGAGUUGGUAUAAGUAAAUUAUCCUUUU